CACUUACAGUCAAGAUUUUGACAGCUAUUCAGAAGCUGACUCGUACAUGUCGAAGCCCCAAGGUUCGCACACUGAAACUAUCCACACGGAACGCACAAUGUCUCCAGAUAGCAGACGUGCUGAUUGGAGACGCAGGCGAACAUUUUCCAAAAGUGCUUCCUAUACUGACGACUUUGAAUCAAUGCAAACUGAUUCGGAUGUGGAUGACUUGUCAGACAGCGUUAGUUACAGUGAAAGCUACACCUCAUUUUCAGAGUCGAGAACACUGACUCGAACUGCGACACCUAUUAAAAAAACAACAAAGAAAGGUAAAGUUGACAGCAGAGAUGUGGGAAUCCAAGCUGAAGACAUUAUGGGAUAUCAUUGGAGAAAAGAUGCUGGUUCAGCUGUACUUGGGCCUUCACUAGGCUUACAGUAUGUAGAUCCAUCCCCUAUAGCCAGUCAUGUGAUCAGCUCAGAUGCUGUGGAAGCAUUGACGUCUUACAGUCCCAGCGUACUCCUAUUAAAUGAUAUGUUGAGAUCUCAGCUACAGAUCACACAGACCUUUUUACGUAACAGCAGACAGAUGUACAAUUCAUACGUAGGCUCCAUUGGUAGUCAAUUUAAUUAUACAACAAUAGAAGAUACUAACGAGUUCUUGAAGCAACAUCGCAGACCGAGACUGACAUUUGAAGAAGCAUUGAGGCAAGUGAAAGAAGAAAUGGGUAUGGAGAAUAAAUGAGUCUCAUCAUUCAACUCUACAUGUAUCUGACAUCCUUAUCAUGUGAAUGGACUAGACCAUCUGAGAAGCAAUCUUAAUACAAUCAUGAGAAGAAGAAAAAUUGAGAAUUUCACAAGUCAGGAAAAAAUUCAGCAAUAAUUAGCUGAAAAAAACGCCAAUAUUACGUGAUAGGGUUUUUCUUCAAAUUUCAACUCUGGGGU